GCCGCGGCCGGGCCCCCGGGGGUGGGGCGGGGACGGCGCGCGCGGCGCCCCUCCGCGCGGCCUCACCUGGGCGGCCCCUCCCCCGCCCCCUGCACCUGGGUCGGGGCCGAGCGCCGGGCCGGGGGUAGGUCGCCGGGGCCGCGUGUGCGGGCGUGGACGCGAGCGCCCUCGCACGACGCCGGCCCGGCACGAGCCGAGGGGGAAGGGGCCCCGUACCCCGGGCCCCGAGGCCAGCCCGCCCGGGCCGUCCUUACUGGCUCCCGCCCUCGCGGCCUAGCUGGAGCCUGGGGAGGUAGCUGGGCCUGGCCUGGACCCCUCCCCGAGGGGGCCCCCGCCCCGGGCUCCUUGGACCGGGGGUGGCCGGAAGGCCGACGCGCAGUCUGGUAUCCUGCUUGAAGUGCCGGGAGAGCGAAAGGCCUCGGUUCCCUCGCGCCCACGUCCCGGAACUGGGGCGAGUGGAUGGGACACUGGGCCCCGGCAGCCGCCGGCUCCAUGCGUGCAUGGAGCCCUUUUGGCCCUGCGGAGCACACCCCGAAGACUACGGCUCGGCUUCAGUCGGCGAGUCCCAGCGGGCGGGAUCCCACCCCCAGCCCCAGGCUUGCGCAGACUUCUGCCGGGAACCCGCGCUCCCGCCCGUACCUAGCGCACGCUCACUGCGCCUUGCGCUCCUUCCAGUCCCCGACAAAACCCACCUCCUACCCAGGUGGGAAGGCCCUAGUUAGGGGCCCUGGAGGAUUUGUCCGCCUUGUGCCUUGUGCCCGGGGUCAGAGGUCAGCAGCAAAGGAGCUGAUUCCUGCUGAGUCACCGGUGGGGUGGGACGGGUGUCCCUCCCUCUCUCCCUUCGGGCAGGCGUUCAGUAGGCAGAUGUGUGAGGGGGAGCGCCGUUGGGGCCCUGUCAGGGGCUGGAGAGGGGCCGCUGGCCAGUCCACAGUUCAAGGGUAUGCACGGUGAAAGGAAGAAAAGCAGUGGGCUUAGCGCUGUUGCUGUGUGAGGCCAUGCAGGGCCCCCUGGCGUGGGCACGCAGGAGGGCACCCCCUUCCUGAUGAGUCCCACCUGCUACGGUGGUUCCUGGGUGCCUUGGCACUGCCCUCCUCCCCAUAGCUACCAGCCUGGACGGUUUCUGUUGACUCCCUUUCCCAGUGGGGUUGGAGCACAGGAUCCCUCCUGUGUUCCCUCAGCUUGGGAAGGGCUCUCUCUCAAAUGUAGGGAGCACGAUCGUGCCCCCAGGCCCUGCCUGGUCCAGCACAGACCCCAUACCACGGAAUUCCAGUCUUCCCACCCCCCACCCUCUGUCGGGUCCUGGGGGAGGCCCCACUACAGGCAGACCUGCACCUGGUACCCUGGUGCAGUCCGCCCGAGACCAGUACGGGCAUCUCUCGUGUAGCUGCGCGGAGUGAUGAGGGACGGCAGAUCUGGUUUCCUGCAGACCCUCUCCCUGGUAGCAUGUCCCACCCCCACUGCACAUCCAGUUGGCCUGUCAGUCCCCAGGGAGAGUGGACAGGGAAGGUGCCUCAGGUAAUCGUGCACAACAAACAGUCUUGACCCCGACUCCGUCCAGUUCCCAGCUGUCUCCGAGCACCCAGUGACCCCGGCCGGUCAGCAGCACCCAGCCGCUCCUGCAGACCGGGGCACACUGCACUCUGGCAGGACCAGCAUCCAGGAGCCUGGGAGCUAGGCGGGAUCUGAAUCCCGCUCAGUCCUGGCCCCAAGCAGUGGCUGGGGUUGGGGGGACCGGGCCUGGGGCUCCUUCCAGGGUAGGAGGAGGACUGUUAUCCGGGCGGUUCAGGGAUUGGAGGUUCAUGACCCCUGGGGGUUCAGAAGAGCCCCCCCCCCCACGGUGGCCUUCCAGAGCUCAUGGCCACUUCUGUCAGCCUAGGCCCCCUCGCAGGCCCCUUGGGGAGGCAUGUGGACUGGAGUGGACCAGGCAGCGUUCAGGUGUCCUCCUGAAGUGGGGACAAGGGGAGAGGCACAUAUGGAGCCCGGGAUGAGCCUGAUGGCCACAGCCGAGGGUUCAGGCUACAUCCAGAGCCGGGGGGCGGCGGGGCAGCAGGGCCUGACCAGAGAUGGAAGAUCACCCCCCGCGCACAGCCCUGGGCUGAGCCAUGCUGGACUCCAAGCUUGUGCAGUGAGAGGAGGCUGCAGCCGGAUCUGCCAGGGGUGUGGUUCUGGGAGUUUUAUCUAAGGUGGCAUGGUGGCUGGAAACGGGGAGGGAUGGGCCAAAGAGAAGGGAGUGGUCCUGGUGGACAGGGACAAAGGGCAGGGGUCAGUUUGGAGGGCCGUGAAGUGUGCCAAUAAGUUGUGGGGCUUGGAGUGUGUGACCCCACAGGACAGCUGCGGGUGUGAGAGGACUGCAGACUGAAUGCUGGGUCCUGGGACAGAAGUGGUGACAGGUUUUGUCAGGCCCCUGGCCCCGACAUGGCCCGUCGCUCCCAGAGCUCCUCGCAGGGGGACAACCCGCUGGCUCCGGGGUACCUGCCGCCUCACUACAAAGAGUACUACCGCCUGGCGCUGGACGCCCUGGCCGAGGGGGGUCCCGAGGCCUACAGCCGCUUCCUGGCGUCUGAGGGGGCACCUGCCUUCCUGUGCCCGGAGGAGUUAGAGCACGUGAGCCGCCACCUGCGGCCCCCUCAGCAUGUUGCCCGCGAGCCCCCUGAAGGCAGCCCCCCCGACGUGGACAUGGAUGGCUCCUCGGGCACCUACUGGCCCAUGAACUCAGACCAGGCAGUGCCUGAGCUCGACCUAGGCUGGCCCCUGACCUUCGGCUUCCAGGGCACUGAGGUCACCACACUGGUGCAGCCACCCCCGCCGGACAGCCCCAGCAUCAAGGAUGAGGCUCGAAGGAUGAUUCGCUCCGCCCAGCAGGUUGUGGCCGUGGUGAUGGACAUGUUCACAGACGUGGACCUGCUUGGUGAAGUGCUGGAGGCGGCGGCACGCCGCGUCCCCGUCUACAUCCUCCUGGACGAGAUGAACGCGCAGCACUUCCUAGACAUGGCCGACAAGUGCCGCGUCAACCUGCACCACGUGGACUUCCUGCGCGUGCGCACUGUGGCGGGCCCCACCUACUACUGCCGCACUGGGAAGUCCUUCAAGGGCCACGUGAAGGAGAAGUUCCUGCUGGUGGACUGUGCCGUGGUGAUGAGUGGGAGCUACAGCUUCAUGUGGUCCUUCGAGAAGAUCCACCGAAGCUUGGCGCACGUGUUCCAGGGCGAGCUAGUCUCCAGCUUCGAUGAGGAGUUCCGCAUCCUGUUCGCACAGUCCGAGCCUCUGGUGCCCUCGGCCGGGGCGCUGGCCCGCAUGGACGCUUACGCGCUGGCUCCGUACGCGGGAGCCGGGCCCCUUCUGGGCGGCCCGGUGACCGGGGCGCCGACCCCCUUCUCCUUCCCCAGACGAGCACACCUCCUGUUCCCACCGCCGCGGGAAGAGGGCCUGGGUUUCCCGUCCUUCCUCGACCCCGACCGCCACUUCUUGUCGGCCUUCCGCCGGGAAGAGCCAGCGCGGAUGCCGGGGGCAGCCCUGGAGCCGCACACCGGGCUGCGGCCGCUGUCGCGGCGGCUGGACGCGGAGGCGGGACUCGGGGGCGAGCCCGCGGGCCCGCGGGGCUUCUUCCAGGCCCGGCGCCUGGAGACCGACUCCUUCCAGCGGCACAGCUACGCCGCCGACGGCGCAGGCACGGUGGAGAACUUCGCGGCCGCGCGGCAGGUGUCACGACAGACGUUCCUCAGCCACGGGGACGACUUCCGCUUCCAGACCAGCCACUUCCACCGUGACCAGCUCUACCAGCAGCAUUACCAGUGGGACCCGCAGCUGGCGCCGGCGCGCCCGCAGGGCCUGUUCGAGAAGCUGCGCGCUGGCCGCCCGGGCUUCGCAGAGCACGAAGACUUCGCGCUAGGGCCCGGGCCCUGCUUCCCCGAGCUCGGCCCCGACGGACACCAGCGGCUGGACUACGUGCCAUCCAGCGCGUCACGCGAGGUGCGCCACGGCUCAGACCCCGCCUCGGGGCCGGGGCCCCGCGGCCUGGAACCCAGUGGGACCCCACGCCCCAACCUGGGCCAGCGCUUCCCGUGCCCGGCGGUGGCGAGGCUGGGCCCGGAUGCCGCGCCCGACGCAGAGCCCGAGCGCAGGGGUGGGCCCGAGGGGCGGGCGGGGCUGCGGCACUGGCGCCUGGCGUCCUACCUGAGCGGUUGCCAUGGCGAGGACGCCGGCGAAGAGGGCCUGCCGGCGCCUAUGGAGGCUGAGACCUAUGAGGACGACGUUCUGGUGUCCGGGGGCCGAGUGGCCCCCGGGGACCUGCUCCCUUCAGCCUCCCGUGCACCCUUCCCGGCCAAGGGCCUGGUGCCUUGCUCCGGCGGCGGCGACAGCCCAGAGCGCGAGGGCCUGGAGGAGGCAGGUCUGGCCAAGCAGGACUCUUUCCGCUCCCGCUUGAACCCGCUGAUCCAGCGCAGCUCACGCCUGCGCUCCUCUCUGAUCUUCAGCGCUUCGCAGGCCGAGGUCGCCGGUGGGGCCACGGGGGCCACCACUGAGAAAGCGCAGCUGCUGCACAAAGAGCAGGCGGUCAGCGAGAUGCUGGGCCCUGGUGGCGAGGCCGUGCGCUCCGCCACUUCCACCAAGGUGGCCGAGCUCCUGGAGAAAUACAAGGGCCCGGCGCGUGAUGCUGGAGGGGUGGGGGCCCCAGUCACAGUUGCCAGCCACAGCAAGGCUGUUGUGUCCCAGGCAUGGCGGGAGGAGGUGGUGGCGCCAAGUGGGGCGGGAGGCGAGCGCCGCAGCCUCGAGAGCUGCCUGCUGGACCUGCGUGACUCCUUCGCACAGCGGCUGCACCAGGAGGCAGAGAGGCAGCCGGGAGCUGCCACGCUUACUGCCGCCCAGCUGCUAGACACGCUGGGCCGGAGCGGCGCCGACCGGCUGCCCUCUCGCUUUCUCUCCGCCCAGGGCCGCUCUGCCUCCCCACAAGGGCGGGUCAGCCCCCCGCUGGAGGGGCAUGGGCCACGCCAGGCACCUCACCCUGAGCCAAGAGGGAGCCCCACCUCUGCUUACCCUGAGCCAAAAGGAAGCCCCACCUCGGCCUAUCCCGAGCGCAGGGGUAGCCCGGUCCCCCCUGUACCAGAGCGCAGGGGCAGCCCGGUUCCCGCUGUACCGGAGCGCAGGGGCAGCCCGGUUCCCGCUGUACCGGAGCGCAGGGGCAGCCCCGUCCCCGCUGUGCCCGAGCGCAGGGGCAGCCCCAUCCCUGCUGUACCGGAGCGCAGGGGCAGCUUGACCCUUACCUUCUCUGAGGAGUCUCCGAAGACUGGGACUGCGGAGGAGACGGCUGGCGGCCCCAUGGAAGUCCUGCGCAAGGGCUCCCUGCGUCUCCGCCAGCUGCUGAGCCCCAAGGGUGAGCGGCGCACGGAGGAAGAGGGCGGCUUCCCAGCGCCGCAGGAGAACGGGCAGCCGGAGAGCCCCCGGCGGCCGUCGCUGGGCAGGGCGGAUAGCACGGAGGCGGCCACCGGAGACGAGCGGGGCCCGCGGGCGCGCACGGCCUCCGCCACGGCCAACGCUUUGUACAGCAGCAACCUGCGGGAUGACACAAAAGCGAUUCUGGAGCAGAUCAGCGCCCACGGCCAGAAACACCGCGGGAUCCCCGCGGCGGCCCCGGGCCUGGCUCACAGCAGUCCUGAACUGGGCCGCUCCCCAGCUGCUGGCGGCCUGGCUCCGGAUAUGUCCGACAAGGACAAAUGCUCUGCCAUCUUCCGCUCGGACAGCCUGGGGACCCAAGGUAGACUGAGCCGUACACUGCCAGCCAGCGCGGAGGACCGCGACCGGCUGCUGCGCCGCAUGGAGAGCAUGCGCAAGGAGAAGCGCGUCUACAGCCGGUUUGAGGUCUUCUGCAAAAAAGAAGAGGCCGGAGCCCCAGGGGCGGGGGAGGGCACAGCGGAGGAAGACACCAGGGACAGCAAGGUGGGCAAGUUCAUGCCCAGGAUCCUGGGUACUUUCAAAAAGAAGUGAGCCUCCUGGUCCCCCAGCCCCCGACCAGGCGCCUGCCUCACUGCCCCCCACCAGGAAAGAUGCCUGGCGUUCCCAAGGACUCGGGGUGGAAGCGGCGGUGGUGGAGCGCGACCCCACCUGGAGCUCGCCCAGCUGCGGCCCUGGCCUGGCCUGGCUCCUCCCUCACGCCAUGCCUUACUCCUCCAGCUUCACCUCUGCCGCAGUGCCCCAACGGCCCCCGUCCUAGCACCCCCGUCCACCAUCUCUGGGCUUCAGGCCCCUCUAGACCUGCACUCACCUCAAGGCCUUUUUGUGCCUUAGGCCCCACCUUUUCGGGGGCCCAUCUUUUUGUGCCUCAGUCCCCCAUCUUUGGGGGCCCCAGAUCUCAGGGCUUCCGUGUCUCAGGACUCCCCUCUGCUCACUGCUCCCCUGCCCAGAUGCUUUGCCACUUUCCUGCGUGCCGGCAGCCCAGCCUCUCUCUCUCCCGGGCCGGGCCGGCGUCUCCCCCUGCACCCCGCGGCUCCAGGCUCGCUUCCUACCCUGCUUGCAUUCCUCCCGGUCUCCCUCUCUGCCUCCUGGCACCCUUCUCAGUGGCCAUUCACUGGAGGGGGGGUGGGGCAGAGCUGGUUCGGGCAGCUUGUGAUGGGGGUGGGAUAGACCCAGACCCAAAAGGGGUCCGUCUCAGGAAGCAUGGUCCAGGGGUUUGCUGAUGGGGCGGGGGGGGGGUGCCCAGGGGACUCCUGAGAGACCGUCCUGCCAGAACUGAGGCCGGCCUGGUGGCUCUUCCUGUGGGGCUCCAGCCAGCACCCCAGCCCCCGGCAAGGGCUGAAGGGCUGAGAGCCUCUGCGUUUGUAACACUCGGAAGCCGAGUCUGGAUGGAGGCUUGUACUUGAAUCUGAGGGCAGGGGUCCGUGCAAGGGUGCAGGACCCCUUCACGUGCCCUGUUCUGGAUUCUUCCUUGUCACCAACUUGCGAAAUGGAAGUUUCCCCGCUGCCCAUUUCUGUAUCUCUUUCACUUCUGGACAGUGACUUUGAUUUGGAAUAACACGUUUUGACACCAAAUGCUUAGGAAGCGCCACUGUAAGUGCUAGCAUUGGGAAACUAGUAUUUCUGCAACCUUUUUUUUUUUUUUUUUUUUUUUUAAAGAAUAAGAAAUGGCAGUCACUCAGCCUGGGAAAGGAUUUAAGGAACGAGGCCAUUGAGCCGAGGUGGCAGUUCUGACUCCAGGCCCCUGGAGAAGGGCGGUGGGGGUUGGGGGACACUGGGUCAGGUGGAGGGGGUCACCGAGGAGCCAGAUGCUCUCCAGUGUCCCUCGGCCUAGAGGCACUUGCUAACCCGUUUGCUUUCACAUGUCUCGGCGCAGCCCUUGUCUGUGUCCUCCACGUCGUGCUGAAUGACACAUGUCAAAUGUGAUUCUGCACAUCUUGGUGUUAACAAUAAAACACAACAACACAUUCCUAAAUAUA